AUGACUUCGUACCAGGACUUUAUAACUCAGAACGAGGACCGUGAUGGUGUUAGAUUUAGCUGGAAUGUUUGGCCCUCGAGUCGACUGGAAGCUACGCGAAUGGUGGGUUGAGAAACAUUCCACAUAGUUAUUCCUCUUUACGACUCAACUCAGGAAUCUCAUCACGAUUUCCAUUAGGUUGUUCCUGUUGGUUGUAUGUACACACCGUUGAAAGAACGACCAGACCUUCCUCCAAUCUGUUAUGAUCCUGUUUUGUGUACAAGGAACGCUUGUAGAGCAGUGUUGAACCCGUUUUGGUAAGUUAGUGAACGAUGUAUGUACGUACAUGAAAUUUGACAUUUGGGAAGAAAAUUUUGAUUUGAUAAUGUAUUGUAUUUGAUUUCUUUUAUGUUUUUGUCAAUAGUCAAGUGGACUAUCGAUCUAAAGUUUGGCACUGCAAUUUUUGCUUCCAAAGAAAUGCGGUAAGACUUGUUUACAUGGGUAUGGUGUAUCACACUUAACAUUUUUAGGACAACAUAGUGCCCAAACGUAAAAAAGCUGUGAUAGUAACAAGCUUGCUCAAUGAGAAUAACUUAAUUAAAAUUGUAUACAUGCGAUUUGCACAUUUGUCAGGAUUAAUUAAUCAAAUGAUAUUGUUGGGAAUGAAUAACUUUCAGUGAAAUUUAUAUCACUUAGUACUACACAGGGUAAGGGUAGAGUCCAGUAAAGCUUUCUUUUGGUGGCUAAUCUUGUAUCAACCCUUGCCAAAGUCAUCACUGAAAGGACAUUUGACACCAGUCAGUCAAUUUAAAAAAAGUGACAGAAAACCUAGGUCCGGAAGGUAUUUUCAGUGAUACACUCAAGAACACCACAACUAGCAAUUUAGAGCAGUCACACACUUUACCAGCCUUAAAAUAUUGGUUCAAAAUUAGCAUGGGUACAUCAAGGCAUGGUUACACGCAGGAAGUAAAGAGAGUGCCAAGUACAUCCAUGACUUGAUAUAUGCAUAUCAGAAAAACAAGGUUUGAAAACUUGUGGCUAAAAUCUACAGAAACUUGCAGCUGAAGUAAAAUUGCACAUAGAGAUUUACACCAUAAUAGCUCCUUAGGAAUUAGAAAGGACCUGUGCCCUCAGUAUGUUAUGGUAACAGUGCAAUCAUGAAAGGUACACAGAUUUGCAUUGAACUGAAGAAUCUUACCCCAAUAUAGAUAUCAAAUCUAACAUACAAACUCCACCUCUAUACUGGUUUACUACCAUGAUUAAUAUAACUAAUUUUUAAAGAGCAAAUUUUUCACACACAAGCAUUCAAACAACUCAGGUAGAAUAAGAAUAAUAGUUAUUGUGGUUGGUAGAAAUGUGAGAGAACUUGAAGAAAAACCCUUGAAGGGAUGCCGAGAACUCAGCUCACAUAUUGCACUACAGUGUGUAGCUUUUAGAAUCCAACCAUGUAGGUACUGUUGUGAAAGCAAGCACUGUUACCACGAUGGCUUCCAUGUGCACCAUCACAGCAAGGCUUUGUUGCUAUAGUUUACAUGGUUACUAACUUUGUGAUUUUCAAACUGGGCAAUCCCUUCAUACUCUUAGGUUGAAACAAUUCAGUAAAUUAGCUUGAUAUUACUUCUUAAUAGGAAACGAUACAUUUAUGUAUGAAUAUAUGUACAAACUGUAAACUAUACAUUUAAACUGAUACAGUGUUCUUUGUCAUUGACAGUUUCCUCCUCAGUAUGCUGGAAUAUCAGAACAGCACCAACCUGCUGAACUUAUUCCUCAGUUUUCAACCAUUGAGUACACUCUACAGGUAAACUAAUAGUUUGCAUAAUUAAAGCCAUUAACUUUGUUUAGAUUUAUUAGAAAAUCCCAGUAUGACCUAUCGCAUGCAUUUUGUGGGGACUUAUUAAUUAAUUUAUGUGAAACAUCAUUUUGAUUUUGAGUGCAAUUUGCUUAACACCUGUAGACAAGAUUUGGUAGAGUCUCCAUUCGCAUCAGAUACAUUUCUCAUAAGAAUCUCAUAGGAAUGGGAGAAACUCUCUCUGACUUUAUUGUUGCCUAAUUACUUUGACUUUAAGUAUAACCCUUCCUCCCUGUAGGGAUUUGCUAGAAACCUUACUCUAGUUUUUGAUCAACUCUCUUGUCCCAGAGGAAGCUUUCUUUUUUACCAAAAUCCUCAAGUGCUGCCAUAAUAUUGGACAUCCUUAUGAGGUGUGGGGUUGACAGCUGAAAGAGUAGCAAAAGAUAAAGGAUAAGAAAAGGAGAAAUGAAAAUAUUUGUUCUUAGUUGUUGAUUUCACUUAUUCAUUUGAUGAAUUGCUAUACUUCAAUUGGGUGGGUGGAUAGUUUAGAUUUCAAAGACAGACUUCUACAUGCAGCAACCACUAAAUUCACAACAACAGGCUCCCAACAAAACCUCUAACCUGGGGAAUGCCAGAUAGAAAAAUAUCCCAAUCUAUCUACCCUGAGGUAUGCAAUUUAUCUCAGAUCCCCUGAAUUGUGUGGCCAGUCCCAUCCAUGGGGGAGGGGGGGGAUGGGUGGUUGUGCUUUGACUCAAGUUCUAUUUGUACAUACAUGUACAGAUUCAAAACAUUACUGGUGUAUUUAUUCUGCAACGUGAUGUACCUGUUUUUUUCAGCGUGGAGGCACCUCUGGUCCAUUGAUAUAUCUGAUAGUGUUAGACACGUGCAUGGAUGAUGAAGACUUCCAGGCUGUGAAGGUCUGUUUUCAUACUGUAUACAUUGGACUCUAAACUUAACUUUUGUGAAGUACACUUUAGAAAUGGCAUAUUCCUAAUUUGGUAGAAGAUGUUGAGUAUGGGUUGUAUUACUAUUCUUACUGUAGCAUUAUCAAAGUUUUGACCCAUCUAAUGUAGUGAAUAAACAAAUAUGAAAUCAAGGUAAACUGUUAAAUCAUUUUUGUGUAUAUUUCCACACAUUUGUAAGUUUUCUACCACAUGCAUGCAACUACAGGUCCUUGAAGCCUGUGUACAUUAAUUCCUAGACAUAAUGUGCUCUUAAGGAAUCAAGAGAUAUUGUGGUGAAACCACUGGGUCGUCCUCUUUCUGUUAUCCAGGAGCCACCCUCAGAAGAUGCUGAUGUGCAAUCCAUGUCAUUAUACUCUCACAAACAGCUCCCCCUCAAAAAAAUACUGCAAAUAGCAAUAUGUGGGUCUUAACUUCUGUUUGGAAAAAGAAUUAUCAGAGAAAAAAACAUAGGACAGGGUUGGGAUAAUUAUGAGUUGUGAACUAUAAAUCUGCAUUAAGGAAUUGGACGUGAAAUGCUUUUUUUUUGUAUUGAAGGAAUCUCUGCAAAUGUCUCUGAGUCUAAUGCCACCCAAUGCAUUGGUUGGUCUCAUCACAUUUGGUAAAAUGGUAAGGAACUCUGUUAUUUUGCUGUGUAGUAAAUUACUCUAUGAUAAUUAAUUUUGUAGGUAAUCAGUGCCAUCAAGGUUUAUUUGCAUGUAAUGUGAACAAUUUUCAGUGUUUAAGUUGUAAUGUGCUGAUCAAUUCAAAGCUUCAACAUCCCCCCUCUUGCCACCACCCCCCUCCUUUUGAGGCAACCCACAACCAUUUAACUGUUUAACUGUUGUUGAAGCCCUGGGGUGGGGAACUUGAACCUUGUCCUGGUGGGGUGGAGAAUCUGAACCAGCUGAAUACAUGUUUUAAUUUUGAAUAUGGAGGAGUUUUAGGAUAUAGAGUCCACUUUUAUGAGCAAAUGGCUUAGAAGAAAAUAUUCACACUGUACAAUGAUGCUUAUAGAUGGGAAAAAAAAAGCAUCAACAACCAAUUCCUUACUUCGUCAAAUUAUAUGACAGUUGUUGACCAUACAAGGAAUGGUUCAGUAUAACAUUUUGGUCAAGUGGGGCAUUCAAAUGCAGUUUUUGCUAUGGGGGUGGGGUGGGAUUUUAAAUGAACUAAUCUUUUAAAGUUCAAAUGUUUGUAUGGAGUAUAGUGUAGAGAAAAGAUGUUGUGAUCUUGGGAGUGAAAGGGUUAAACAUUAAGAAUUUAAAGGUAUUUUUGAACAGGGUACGUAAUAUUAACGAUGAAAUUUAAAGAAGGUUGCAGACCAUAUCAUCUUUCUGGUACUGUUUCAGGUUCAUGUCCAUGAGCUGGGAUGUGAAGGUUGCUCCAAGAGUUAUGUCUUCAGAGGAACAAAGGACCUUAAUGCUAAACAAAUACAGGUUUGUUUAUGUGGAGAGUACAUGUGUAUGUUACAUUACUGUUCUUGCAAGCAAGGAAUGUUUCCUUAACAGAAUGAAAAGGAAAUUGGUCAGACUAGUUUUUUUCACUUUUUCCUUUUAUGUUGAUUAUCCUUAACAGAAAUGGUGCUUUGUCCAUAUUUCAGGAUAUGCUUGGCCUAGGAGGCAGUGGGCGAGGACAACAGCAGCAAAUGAGAGGAGGACCUGUACCACCACAACAACAGUCCAAUGAAACAUUUAACAGGUGUUCAUACUAUAAUUAGAACUAAGCACCACUACAUAGCAGGUGUAGUUUAGAAUUAUACCAGGUUUGCUCCAAAACCAAUUUCAAUUAGUUUGAACUUUCUCUUCCUUGGUCGAUUUUCCUCUGAAUUCUGUAGGUUUCAGGUCAGUUCUUCAAGUUGAAGUUUGGGGAGUGAAAUGUGUACACUUUAACAUAUAUGCUCCAUGUGGAAAAGUGUUUUUUCAAUUUAUUUGUACAAUGUAUGCCAUGUACAGUUGAUGUUCAAAGCAAUGAAACCCCUGGUCACUGGGGGAAUUUGGAGAGAAGUAUAAAAUUUGCUCCAACACUGGUUUAUUCACAAAAUUAUAUUGUAAUGCAUCACUGCAGUUCCUGUAGGAGCUGUUAUGAUGCAAAGCUUAAAUAACUAGACAGUUUUUGUGUUUACUGUUUUAUAGUAUAACUCCAUCUGUUCAGGUGACUCCCACUUAAGGUCAGGGGUAAUCAUAAAUGCUUACAUGCACAUGUAAAUGGGUACAUGUACAUUCAUUGUUUGGUACUUCAAGUUGCUAUUCUUGGGCAUGACAUUCCAAGGCCAGAGUAUGAUAUAUUAUUAUUUAUUUAUAGGUUUCUCCAACCAGUCCACAAAUGUGAUAUGAGCCUUACUGAUCUAUUGGGAGAACUUCAGCGAGAUCCUUGGCCUGUUCCAACUGGCAAAAGACCCCUAAGGUCAACUGGUGUGGCAUUGUCCAUUGCUAUUGGUCUGCUUGAGGUAUGGUCUCCCUUGUAUAUUAAUUUAUCAACAAUAAUAUGUACAUGAAGGUGUACAUGUACUUGUAAUAUGUUUUGUUAUAGUUUGAAACCCCCGCACAAUGUUCUGAACUGUAAUUUUGAAGAACUUAUUUUUAAAUGAAGGGUUUGCAAUAAUGAAGGAUUCAUAACUAAUAAGAGCAAUGAAACAGUUUGAUUCCAAGUUUUUGUACUUUUUCCACUCUAAAAGACAUCACUUUCUCAGGCAGCUGUUUAGCUUUCCCUGUCCUGUCCCAACCACUUCAUGGUUUGAAUUGUCAGGUGCAAUGAUGAAAACCUUUCUGGGGAAGAUUAGAAAAUGAAUGUACUUAUUCUAACUUCAAAUCACUGACAGUGAUAAAUAUCAUGUAAAUAUUAAAAUAUACAACAGCUUAGAGGCAGUGUAACAGCUAUUGUUUAUUUUCUUUUAGUGCACAUAUCCUAACACUGGUGGUAGAAUCAUGUUGUUCAUGGGAGGACCAGGAACACAGGUAUAUAUCAAGGCUUGAGUUUUUUGUUAAAAAAAUCAAACUCUGUCAUACUUAACAUACUUAGCAUAUUUUCUGCCGAGUGAGCUUCUUGUACUUACUUGUAUUUCUGGAUGAAGAGAGUUACUGAAAUCCUCUAUCACUUUUCUAAAAAUGCAUUUAUCUCUACAAAAUAUGCAGCUAUUUAAAACAUGAAAAUUGUUUUCACUUACUCUCUUGUAAUCACCUUGAAUGACCAAGGAGAGCAUGCUUAGUUUCUCAGUUGUUUUAAUAAAUCCAGCUACUGUCCUAAAGACCAAUGCAUCUUGUAGAUCUGUUGUAGCAAUGUUGCAUUAGACAUGUACUGUUGACUCUUAGUAACUUGAAUUGUCAAGGAAAAUUAUUUUAAAAGGUUUUUGUUAUCAACAAUUCAAGUUACAGAAGGAUAAGAAGAAAUGACUUAAGUCACUAAACAUUGCAACUCUUUCUCAGUCACUAAACAUUGCAACUCUUUCUCAGUCACUAAACAUUGCAACUCUUUCUCAGUCACAAACACGAUUAAUACACUGUUUGAACAAGUACAUUUGUAUAAUAAUGAAACAUGUAUGAAAACGCUGUAUUUUUCCAGUGAAGCAAUGUGUACAUGAAUUUAAAAGGAAUACUGCACAACACUUGGACAAAGAAUUUUCAGUUCUUGAGGAAUUGAUUGUGGAGCCUUUAAUUUUUUUUGUGAGAAGACUACAGGUGAUUCUUUCAUGUAUUGUGCUCAACAGGGACCAGGUAUGGUGGUUGAUGAAGAGUUAAAAAAUCCAAUGCGAUCACAUCAUGAUCUUGAGAAAGACAAUGCAAGACAUGUCAGGAAAGCUAUUAAGGUAUCAUAUGUAUAUCACCUCAGUAAGAAAUAAAUAAUCCUCAAAUUGAAAUGUUUGAAAUCUGCCCCCUCAAACAUUGCUCUGAAAAGUUUCCAGUAGCUUUCUAGCUACAUCAGUAACCAACUUGUUUAUAUGACUUGCAGCAUUAUGAAGCAUUGUCACGCCGUGCUGCAGAAAAUGGGCAUGUUGUGGAUAUAUUUGCAUGUCAGCUGGAUCAGACAGGACUUCAUGAAAUCAAGAGUUUUCCUAAUGUCACAGGGUAUGUCAUGAGACAGUGUUCUGCUAGACUAAAUUCUGUUCAGCAUGCAAAAGAAGUUAAAACACUUUUUGCCUUAUUUAUUUCUAGCUAUACUUAGUCUAGUCAAGUUCACUAACCAGAUUAACAUUUGACUGGCCCAUUUUUUUUAUUACUUUUCCUAACCUUUUUUUUCUAUUUGCAAAACUCUACUUUUAGAUUUCAAAAGUGCUUGAGCUCAAGCUCUCAUUCAAGGGAGCUUUUGAAAUGAUUGUUUUCUGAGUAUGCUUGUGUUAAUUGCAGAGUUUUAUCAAGUUUUACUAUUUUGUUUUAAGAUAUUACCAUGCUUUGCUUAAGUAUGGUGCUGCACCAAGCUGAAAAGUACUUAUCUUUUGUUCUAGAGGCUACAUGGUGAUGGGAGAUUCAUUCAACACAGCACUUUUCAAACAGACAUUUCAGAGAGUGUUUUCCAAAGAUAUGCGUGGAGAGUUUAAGAUGGCUUUUUGUGCUACACUUGAAGUGAAGGUUGGUGGAUUUUAAGUUUCUUGGGAUACAGCAAAGUCCACCUUUUAAUGCUUCUUUUGUAAAUGUAUAUCAGCUUUAGAGUGUUCUUUCAAACCAUCUGCAGCCCCUUCUCUCUCCCCUCAUGUUGUCCUUGACUGAAUUGGAGCAUCUGAACUGCCAGACAUAUACAAAAAUCCAUAAUCAUAUUCCUUUCACUACACUCAUACUGGCUACGAACCUUAUGUAAACAUGUAUGAUCUGCUUGGGUUGUUAAGUUUUAAUAUUUAUUAUAGACAUCAAGAGAGUUGAGAGUGUCAGGUGCCAUUGGACCAUGUAUAUCGUUGGACAGAAAAGGACCUAACGUUUCUGAAACAGUAAGACCUGUUUUCAGUUCUAGAUGAACUGAGGGAAAAUAAAGUUACUGGUAUUUUAAGUGUACACUGCAUAUAGAACUAGGAAAUAAAACGUCUAAUUAUAAGAAACAAUUGAAAACCACAUGUCAUUACCUUUAUGCAAUAAUUGUUGUUUUUAGGAAGUUAAAAAGUAUUACCUACUUUUACUUAAGCGUGAAUUUAAAUGCUUAAUUUAAGCAAGACCACUUCAGAUAGAUUGGUAAACAUAAACGAAAUGGAACUAGAGAAAGGAAUUAAAUUGUGCUCAAUGUGGUGAUUAGCGGUAAAUGGCCAUUUAAAAUAUUUAUCUGUGAUAUGAUUAAAUUCCUUACAAAACUUAAAAAACGAAACAUACAUUUAUUUAAGGAAAUUGGAGUUGGUGGAACAUGUGCAUGGAAGAUGUGUGGAUUAGAGCCUCAGACAACACUUGGAGUUUUCUUUGAAAUAGUUAACCAGGUUUGUCUCUUUUUUUCAAAUUUAAAUUGGUGUUUAGUAGCUUCAGUUGUACUAUAUGAUAUGAGAUGGGUACUGUUCAAUCCUUAAAGAAUGCUUUUGAUCUUUCUUCUUUACCUGAUAAAGAAAACAUUUCACUAAUUGUCUGUUUCCAAAUCACAGCACACAGCCCCAGUCCCCCAAGGAGGGCGUGGCUGCAUACAGUUUAUCACUCAGUAUCAACAUUCCAGUGGCCAGCGGAGAGUUCGAGUCACAACGUGCGCACGAAACUGGGUAGAUGCAUCAAAUGUUCAACACAUCGCUAUGGGGUUCGACCAGGAGGCUGCAGCCGUUAUGAUGAGCAGAGUAGCUGUUUUCAGGUAUAACGGUGAAUUCAGUAAAGUUAACAUUUUCUUUGAAAAACACUUUUGCGUGUAGAGAGUAAGUUAUUUGAAAGCGUCGUUGUGGUCUGUUAUAGAGCUGAAGGAGAUGAUGGACCUGAUGUGUUGCGCUGGUUGGAUCGCAUGCUCAUUCGACUAUGUCAGAAGUUUGGUGAAUACCAUAAGGAUGACCCAGGCUCUUUUCGUUUGGCAGAUAACUUCUCACUUUAUCCACAGGUACGAUAUUAUGGCCUCAAUAUGCAGAAUGUCCCAACUUUACCUGAGCAGGUGUCCGCCUCAGCCUUCCCCCUCUCCUCCCUCAGUACACGUUUCAUGGUACUAGUCGUGAUUAUCAUGAAGAUUGAAGCUUUAAACGUAUGAGGCAAACUGAAUGUUCCACAGAUCCAUUAGAAAUUCUAGUCUCCCCUUCAGGCCGCGCACUUUUUCUUUGAGUAAAUGUAACUUAUAUUUUUCAUCCAUUAUGUUGCAGUUUAUGUUUCAUCUUAGACGGUCACAAUUCCUUCAAGUGUUCAACAACAGCCCUGACGAGACAGCCUACUACAGGUACAACGUUUGUUACUUGUUAAUUUAACCCUUAUACAAAUGUUGAGAACAUUUAGGGGAGGCCAAUGUCAGUUGAUGUAUUUACCAUAUGAUCAAAGUAGUUUACGCCAGUGUUUGUUAAACAUUUACGGAAGGACGAAUUUCUUUAUCCAUAUGUCGUGUAAGUUGGAAUUUCCUGAUUCAGUGAACUGUGUUAGCCAAGGUGGACCCUCUCAAAUGUUUCAGUCAGUGAUAACUCUCCUUAUCAGGCGGGAUUUGUGUUUUUAAACAGUAACAGGUUUUGUGACUCAUUCCAUCAAAUCUUUUCAGUACUAUUAAAAUCGCGCGAAAAUUACAACUCUGUUGAACUAAUUCACUCUUACGAUAUGCUUGUUAAUUCUCCUCUUAAGGUGCGUCACAUUUCCUUGUAAGUUAAUUACGAGAAUUUGACCGUGUUUUAAUUUUAUUUUGUUUUGCAACCUCGCGUCGUUAUGGUACUUACUGGCUAGAAAUGGAUAUUGAGCAGCGUAGCCAAUCAGACUGCAGCAUUUGCGACAAUGCCAGUUGAUGUAUGCAAACAAUAAGUAGUGAUAUGGAAAAAAAGGACGUUGCGAUAUGAGACACAGAGCGACACAUCGUCGUUCGUCUCAGAAGACUUGGAAGGAAAAGUGAAAUAUACUGUAACCAUCUUAUUUUUGUUUUGCAUUGCAGACACAUUUUAAACCGUGAAGAUGUAACAAACUCGUUGAUUAUGAUUCAACCUAUCCUGUACUCAUAUUCCUUUCACGGCCCCCCUGAGGUUAGUUCACGGUCAAAACUGAACCUGCAUUGUGGUACUACGGGUUCUGUUCAUAAAGCCAAGCAAGAUACCAAAAGAAAUAGGGGAGCAUUUGAAUAGUGAACCCAACCAAUAAAAAUUAGAGCGAACCGAAGUCGAAUUAUUAUUUCAAAGUCAUGGUGGAUCGAUUGUUUAUUCAAUGUACCAGUGUAACGAUUUAAAGUGGUCUGACAGAAAAGAAAGCGCAAAAAAAAGACAAUCUGCAACUUAGCAAACUUUGAAUUUAUGGUAUCGUUAUAAAAGACCAUAAGACUGGUCAAUUUUCCUGAUGAUUUUUCUUCCAUUUGAUCUUUUUCAGCCUGUGUUGUUAGACUCUAGCAGUAUUUUAGUUGACAGAAUUCUUCUCCUGGACACAUUCUUUCAGAUUCUUAUUUUCCACGGAGAGGUAUGUUGACAAACUAUUUAGUAUCAUUUUUAUAUUGAAAAGUAAUGAUUCUCAUUGGAUUGUAUUUCAUUUUCUCUGAGUAGACAAUAGCACAGUGGAAAAAAGCCGGUUAUCAAAGUGAUCCACAGUACGAGAGUUUCCGUCAGCUUCUUCAGGCUCCAGUAGAUGACGCAGGUGAAAUCCUACAGGUUCGCUUCCCCAUGCCGCGUUACAUCGAGACUGAACAUGGGGGCUCUCAGGUAACAUUUUGGGGUUUCGUAUUUGUUUCAGUCGACUCCCAAUAGCUCAGACUUCAUGGGAAAUUUAAAAAGAUUUGAGUUAUCGUUAGUUAAAAAAAAAAUUUAAAAAAAGAGACCGGAACAUGAAUUAUUUUGGGCGCUAGUGUAGUUAAGCAGCAAUUCUUCAUGGAAAUACAGGCACUGUUGUUGUGCACUGGAAAUACAGGCACUGUUAUUGUGCCCUAACCCAGGAAAAACUGAACUGAGCGCGUUUUUUGUAAUGCAAGAAAGGAAAAGUAUAAAAUGGCUGUUCAAAUUAAAUUACAUAUUUUUGAUUGCAGUACACUGUUUGUUUUGAUUUGUCACGUUCUGACAGACGUGGUUCGACGUGGUUCGAUAGUUAUCGUGGGUAAAUUUAUAGGGAAUGACCUGUGUGGAAACGAAAAUUGCUUCGAGUUAGCGGGAGGUUCGAGUUAUUGGUGUAAGUAAGAGACUGUUUCGUUAAAAGGAAAGGUUGAUUCAGAGAACCUUUUUUUUCUUGAAGGGGGGGGGGGCAGUUCAAGAAAAAACAAACAAACAAAUAAAACAAAAAUACGCAAAAAAAUUUGGACUUAGCCGAACAGAAAUACCGUGUCUCAUGACGCUCUUGAAAAUCAAUUCAAACUCGUUGUUAUACCCCUGGAAACACAAUGGUCCUAUCAGGAAGGCAUGUCAUACUAAAAUGGUUUUACCGACUUGUUUGCGGUUCUAAUUCUUCGCUUUGAGGUCCUAUCCAGACUUUCAACGAGUCCAGCUUGCGUUAAAUUUCAGUUGGAAACCAAGGUUGACUUGUGAAAUAAACCCGGAUUUUUUUUUUGUAUCAUUUCUAGUUCCUCUUCAUAGAUCAAGACAACUGAUAAUGCGUUGCGUAGGCGAUGUGCGUUAAUGGUUGUUCUUCUUAUGUUUUUCUAGGCUCGUUUCUUGCUGUCCAAAGUAAACCCGUCUCAGACCCAUAACAAUAUGUUUGCUUGGGGUCAAGAUGCGGCUGGAGCUCCUGUGCUCACCGAUGACGUCAGUUUGCAAGUGUUUAUGGAACAUCUCAAGAAACUCGCUGUGUCUAACACUUCCUAAGCAAAGAAUUCCUUGGGGAUACAUCUAAGGAGCUUUCCAUAGAGGAAUCCUAGAUAUCCUAUUGAAAGUACCUAGAGGGAACUACCUAAAAGAGAUCUACCUAGUAAUUUCAGAAUAGUAAAAGUUUAUGCUCGGUGAGGAAUCUCACCGCUGGCCUUUUUCUCGAUAAUUAGUGGUGAAUACACACAGACGUUUUGCCUUAAAGAAAAAUCUUUAAUUUGAGUUGAAAGUAUAUUCUAGCAUACCAAACCCUUUAUCUGUAUUAAAGAACGUUAGAGAAGCAACAUGUUUUUACCUUUUUUAUGUCCUAUAAAUGAUUUUCGGUG